GACCCAUUUAAUAUAAACAGAAAUUUGAUUAUCAUACCCCAUUCGAAUCAAAAUUUACAAACGGCCAGUCAAAUUUCGGUAGUCAAUUAGAUAGUGUUUCGUUUUGUAAAAUAUGACGAUUAGCAUAAUCAUCGUCGUAGCGAUUAUUUUAAGAAUUCAACUCACACUGGGUCAAAUAAGUGGAACGACAAAAUGUACAAGUUCAGCCCUGACCUCUUGUGCGUACAGUCAAAUACGUUGUCCACCGAAUUACUAUUUUAACGGACAGUACUGUUUACCAGUGCAGGCUGCUACUGCUACACCGACGGCACAGCCGGAAUCUAGUACAUUACCCGUUACGAAAUGUUCAUCUCAGCCGAUACGGCAACCGGAAACUGUGCCGCCAACAAAUCCGGAUCCACUUCCGGUUAAGCCAGUGUGCGAACGUUAUUACGAGUGGAAUGGUCAGGAAUGCUAUCAACGUUUAGCUAAUGAGCCAAUUUGUCCGCCAGGACAUAAUCUGACCAUUGAUGGACAAUGUGUUAGUGUUGUGCAAGCAUUGUGUCAAGAAAACUACCACCUGCACGGUGAUUUUUGUGUCGGUUUACUUGAAGCUCCAGUUGUUUGUCCGAAUGAUUUUUACUGGGACGGAGCUAAGUGCUUGUAUCGAAUAGUUCCAUCCUGUCCAGAAGGUUUCGUCUUAAAUAACGGAUACUGUGAAAUGUUUGACGUAGGCGCAUGUCCCAGUGGAACGUUUAUGGAUAACUUUAAAUGCAUCGGUCAUCAUCAAGUCAAGAUUCAAUGUGAUUACGGCUACAGCUGGAACGGACAAAGUUGUGUGAAUAGCACCAACAGCUGUGAAGACGGUUUUAUAUUGAGGGAUAAUGUGUGUGAAAAAUACAUUGUUAAACAACCCGAUUUCGAAUGUCCACCACGGACUCAAAUGAUCGGAAAUGAAUGUGUCAGUUCAGAAAUCAUUUGCCCGAAAGGAUUUACUCUAAUUGACUCGAUGUGUGUGGAACAAAUUGUGGCUUCAAACGAAACAGAAUCUUUUAUCACUCCAAACUGUACGACUGGUUAUCAAUUAGUGGGAUGUGAAUGUGUACAAAUAAAUGAAACAACGUCACAUCCACCGACACCCAUGUGCCCUCCGAAUUAUGUGUAUAAGGACGGACUGUGCUAUUACGAACAGGAUCACUAUCCACCGGUAUGUCCGACCAAUUUUGAAAUAAUAAACGGAAAAUGCGUUCCACUACAACCAGAUUCUACUGAAAAGCCGAUUGCUAAUUGCACUGAACCAGGCUGUAAGACGAAUCAAACAUCGUCCUGCGCCUGUCCGGUUGGGUACACUUUAAGCAAUGGUUUAUGUAUACUGACUGGUCAAUCAUCAAAAGUUUGUCCUGUCGGCUACGAAUUGAUAAAUGACAGAUGUAUACUCACCCAAUCAAAUGAGUGUCCACCAGGCCACCAGUUUGUAAAUGGAAGUUGCCUACAAUCGCCUUGUCAAAAUGUCUGUCCUCCGAAUACUCAAUUGAUAAAUGGAAUUUGUGUAAUUACGACUGAUAUCGGCUCCGGUGACUGUCCGCCUGGGUAUCAGAAGAUCGACGGAAAGUGCGUACCAUCAGACAAUCCGGAAAUUAAUCCUUGUCCCACUGGAUAUCAAUGGAUCAAGGGAAUUUGUGUCAAUGCACAUCCUGGACCUGAAAAUCCAUGCUUUGCGCCUUGUCCACCAGGAUACUACUGGAUAAAUGGAACUUGUAUGAUCACAACUGUGGAACCAAUUGAACCUGGCACAGGCAAUCCACCUGUAAUUCCAGUUGUACCGCCGAUCAUUCAACCUUGUAAUCCAAAUGAUCAAAAUUCCACAUGCCCACCCUGUCCGACGAGUAAUACACCUUGUCAACCCUGUUCAACAACAAAUACUCCGUGUCAACCUUGUCCAACAACUGGUACACCAUGUCAACCCUGUCCGACGACCAAUGCACCUUGUCAACCCUGUCCAACAACUAAUCCUCCUUGUCAACCCUGUUCAGCAACUAACACACCCUGUCAACCUUGUCCAUCAAACAAUCCACCAUGUUCCACAAGUGGCCAAACAAAUCCUCUCCCACCGAACACAGGUUGUUCAAAUUGUCCGCAAUCGACACAUUAUAUCACAAAAGAUGGUCAUAUCAGCAUAACGAAUAUCGUCAAUGUGGCGCAUCAUCAUCAACGACCACCGGGACAGCAGAAUCAGAUAUACGUGCCUGCGAAUAUUGACGAUAGUUUUGAUUACGAUACUAACGGACAGAAUGCAACAGACGAAGGUGAGGUAGCCGAAAAGUGUUGCGAAGUUAUUACGCCCAGACAAUGUAAACGAAACGGUGACGAAUGGACGUGUUACCAUAAGAAGUACAAUCGAUGCGGUGAAAUUUGCACUCAACCGAAAAUCUAUCUAAAACCGAAAAUGAUUCAUUACCAGCCACCGAUUUUAAUCAUGCCACCGCCGCCACGACGAAUUUAUGGACGACGACGAUUUUUAAGCGGAGGAGCUGUGGAUUGUUCCGGUUGUAUUCAAGGUGGUUAUCGCUGUUCAGUAGAAUGUUACAGUUAUCCGGAUUGUAGGCGCCCAGACUGUGCGUUUAUCGAUCAGGACACGUAUUGUGAGGAAUGGGAUCAUAACGAAACCGAAGGAUGCUCAACGGAUGAUGGAUAUUUUGAAUAAGAAACUUUUGUGAAACAUUUUUUUAGUUUACAACAGAAUGAGUCUACGACAAAAAUAAAUCGAACGCAUGAGAUCGGAGCUUAUAUUUCAUUCAAGUUCACUCAUGUAUCAGAUAUUCAAACCGGAUAAAUUUUUUUAACGAAAUUUCAAAGCACUAUACCAUAAAACGAAGAGCUUUUCUUGGUUGCUAUAAUUUCUCUUUUUAAAUAAAAUUUUCCAUAAUCCUUAACCGAGUAAGAUAAAUGUAAGAGACAUAAAAUACUUUGCAGUAAUUAUUUAUAAAUAAAACAACUGCUACCGUAGACUAGACAUUAGUGACACAUAGCAUCAAUUAAUUAUUUACAAGUGAAAAUAUGAACAAAAAUACAAUGAAUAAAUCCUAAUGAAAACCAAAGAUUAUUUUCCACCACA